AUGUUUAUGAGAGACGAGAAAGAGGUCGUGUACCAACAUAUCCGGAAACUCUCCCUUCCAUACACCAUUAUUGAUGUGGGGGCCUGGCACCAAGUCUCUUUCCCUACCCUACCUUCUGGCCGUGUGGACUAUGCCUCCUUUUUCCGACCUAAUACCACCAUUCACGCCGGAGGAGAAAAACCAACGAUUCUCACCGAUCUUCGGGAUAUUGGUCAUUAUGUCGCUCGUAUUGUUGAUGACGAACGUACCUUGAACCAAUACGUUUACACAUGUUCCGACGUUCUUUCUGAGAAUGAGAUCUUUUCAAUGAUUGAAGAGAUGAGUUCAGAGAGGAUUGAACGUACCCACGUCUCCGCAGAGGAGAUCAGAGCAUCAAUUGAGCGCAUUGAAACCUCCCUCAAGGUUGAACCCUCCAACAUUCCGCUACGCCUGAGCCUCGUUCCUUUGCAGUACAAUUUCAGCAAAUUUGUCCGGGGGGAUAACGAACCAGUCUAUGCAAAAUACCUCGGCUACCUGGAUGCCCGUGAGCUUUAUCCCGACUUUAAGCCAAGGCGCUUUAGUGAGUUUCUGGGUGAGCUGCUCCAAGGAAAGGCGGAGCCUGUGUAUGUCGAUAAUGGACUCUUUCAGCAGCUUCAGCAAGGUAUGAGGGAGAGUGGGGUGGCAUACUGA